CCUGAAUUUUUCUUUUAUGAUUAUGUAUACACCCGUCGUCCUUCCAAUUCUCCUCCCAACUCUUAGAACCUCCAUCAAACUUGCCAGCCUUCCAUCCUGGCGCCGGCCAGCAGGUGGCGACGAAUCUCCUGCAGGGCGCUCUCUCCGACGUGCGCACCUCUGUGGUGUCAGGCUACAGGCACCGCCGCUGCACUUCCGGGCGCGGAUCCAGGUGAGCCAAGAUCUCCCGAGAACCCUCUGUCUCAGCCAUCCCUAGUACAGGUGCCUCAGCUUGCUGCCGGGCUGCCCGGCACCGGAGUGAGCAUGCCCACGUGUUGGCCGGGUUUCCACCGGAGGAGACAGAGCCGCCGGGACUCCUGGAUCCCGCUUAGCUCAACGGGCUCUAGACCAGGGCUCCUGGGGACGCCGGUCCUCUGCUUUCUGUUGAUCCUGGCCGCCCGGAAGCGGCGCGUGACUCCUCCCCCUCGUCUCCUCCGCCCCCGCCAGGCGGCGCCGUUUACUCAGUCCGGUUUUCUGUGUGGCUGCUUCUCUGUUGCCACCCUAGCAAUGUUGAGAUAGUCCGAAGGGAUUCAUUGAAAUGAACUGACAGAGAACCAUCUACCAGCCGUUUGGAAUAGUCUUGCUUCUAAACUGUGGUUUGAUAGCAUUAGAUCUCCUGGUUGUAUAUGCCCAGGUUCUUGUGCUCACGCCCAGAGCCCGAAGCAGUAGAUGUAACGUGGGUUCCAGGUUGAGAUCCAGAGUCGCUGCAUCUCUCCCUCAGAUAGUAUGACUGGUAGAAACAGCUGGAAUGAGUUGACUAUGAGUUGCUUACAUCCUGAAGUUUAUUGCAGAUGCAGAAGGUCUCCGUGCUCCUCUUCUUAGCCUGGGUCUGUUUUCUUUUCUACGCUGGUAUUGCACUCUUCACAAGUGGCUUCCUUCUCACCCGUUUGGAGCUCACCAACCAAAGCAGCUGCCAAGAACCCCCCGGCCCUGGUUCCCUACCAUGGGGGAGCCAAGGAAAAUCUGGGGCCUGCUGGAUGCCAUCCCGGUUCUCCAGGGUUGUGUUGGUGCUGAUAGACGCUCUGCGAUUUGACUUUGCCCAGCCCCAGCGCUCACAUGUACCUGGGGAACGUCCUGUCUCCGUGCCUUUUCUGGGAAAAUUAGGCUCCUUGCAGAGGAUCCUAGAGAAUAAACCCCACCAUGCCCGACUAUACCGAUCUCAAGUGGAUCCCCCCACGACCACCAUGCAGCGUCUCAAAGCUCUCACCACUGGUUCCCUGCCUACCUUUAUUGAUGCUGGCAGUAACUUUGCCAGCCAUGCUAUAGUGGAAGAUAAUCUCAUUAAGCAGCUCAACAGUGCAGGAAGGCGUAUCGUUUUCAUGGGAGAUGAUACCUGGAAAGACCUUUUCCCUGGAGCGUUUUCUCAAGCUUUCUUCUUCUCCUCCUUCAAUGUCAGAGACCUACACACAGUGGACAAUGGCAUCCUAGAACACCUCUAUCCUACCAUGGACAGCGGUGCCUGGGACGUGCUGAUCGCCCACUUCCUGGGCGUGGAUCAUUGUGGUCACAAGCAUGGCCCUCACCACCCUGAAAUGGCCAAGAAACUUAGCCAGAUGGACCAGGUGAUCCAGGAACUUCUGGAACGUCUGGAGAAUGACACACUGCUGGUAGUAGCUGGUGACCAUGGGAUGACCAUGAAUGGAGACCAUGGAGGGGACAGUGAGCUGGAGGUCUCAGCUGCACUCUUCCUGUACAGCCCCACCCCCUUCUUCCCUACUGUCCCACCAGAGGAGCCAGAGGUUAUUCCUCAAGUCAGCCUUGUGCCCACACUGGCACUGCUGCUAGGCCUGCCCAUCCCGUUUGGGAACAUCGGGGAAGUGAUAACUGAGCUGUUCUCAGGGGGCAACGACUCCCAUCCUCAGGCCUCUGCUCUGGCCCAAGUCUCAGCUCUCUACAUCAAUGCCCAGCAGGUGUCCCGAUUUUUGCAUACUUACGCAGCUGCUACUCAGGAUCUCCAGGUUAAAGAGCUCCGUCAGCUGCAGCAGCUCUUCUCCAAGGCCUCUGCUAGCUACCAGCAGCUCCUGCAGGAUCCCCAGGAGGCUGAGACAUCGCUGAAGACGUUGACCGCUGAGUUGCAGCGGUUCCUGCGGGGAGCUCGGGCCAUAUGCAUCGAGUCUUGGGCCCGUUUCUCUCUGGUCCGAAUGGCAGGGGGUGCUGCUCUCUUGGCUGCUGCCUGCUUUCUCUGUCUGCUUGCAUCACAGUUGGCAGUAUCCCCAGGCUUUCCCUUCCGCCCGCUACUGCUAAUACCUGUAGCCUGGGGCCUAACUUGGGCCGUACUAUAUGCUGGACUUGCGGUAACUGCAGGGUCAAAGGUGGAUGCAGUGGUUCUAGGGGCUGUAGCUGCAGCAGGGUCACUCCUCCCUUUUCUGUGGAAAGUGUGGGUUAGCUGGGGAUCCAGUAGGCCCCUGGUACCCCUACUCCCUGUCCCUGGACCUGUUCUCUUGCUCCUGCUCAUUCGCUGGGCCACUUUCUUCUCUGAUAGUUUUGUUGUUGCUGAGGCCAGGGCUACUCCCUUCCUUUUGGGCUCUCUCAUCCUAUUCCUGGUUGCUCAUCUUCACUGGGAGGGCCAGCUACUGCCACCUAAACUGCUUACAAUGUCCCGCCUUGGCUCUUCUGCCCCAACAGGCCUUCCACGGCACAGUGGCACAUAUGCCCUGAGGCUUGGAAUUGGGUUGCUUUUAUGUACAAGGCUAGCUGGGCUUUUCCAUCGCUGCCCUGAAGAGACACCUGCUUGCCACUCCUCUCCCUGGCUGAGUCCUUUGGCGUCUAUGGUGGGCGGUCGAGCCAAGAAUUUGUGGUACGGAGCUUGCGUGGGGGCACUGGUGACUCUGUUAGUUGUUGUGCGCCUGUGGCUUCGCCGCUAUGGUAAUCUCAAGAGUCCUGAGCCUCCUGUGCUCUUUGUGCGCUGGGGGUUGCCCCUCAUGGUACUAGGCACGGCUGCCUACUGGGCGUUGGCAUCAGGGGCAGAUGAAGCACCACCACGCCUCCGGGCCCUGGUUUCUGGGGCAUCAGCCAUGCUGCCUCGGGCUGUGGUAGGACUGGCUGCCUCAGGGCUCAUGCUGCUGCUGUGGAGGCCUGUGACGGUGCUGGUCAAGGUUGGGGCUGGUGCUUCGAGGACCAGGACUAUCCUCACUCCCUUCUCAGGUCCCCCUACUUCUCAGGCUGACCUAGAUUAUGUGGUCCCACAAAUCUACCGCCACAUGCAGGAAGAGCUCCAGGGCCGGUUAGAGAGGACCAAAUCUCAGGGUCCUGUCACUGUAGCCGCGUACCAGUUGGGAAGUGUCUACUCCGCCACGAUGGUCACAGCCCUCAUCCUUUUGGCCUUCCCGCUUCUGCUGUUGCAUGUCGAGCGUGUCAGCCUCGUGUUCCUGCUCCUGUUUCUGCAGAGCUUCCUUCUCCUGCAUCUGCUUGCGGCUGGGACAUCAGUCACCACCACUGGUCCUUUUAUUGUGCUGUGGCAGGCGGUCUCAGCUUGGGCCCUUCUGGCCACCCAGACCUUCUACUCCACUGGCCACCAGCCUGUCUUUUCAGCCAUCCAUUGGCAUGCAGCGUUCGUGGGAUUCCCAGAAGGUCAUGGCUCUUCUACUUGGUUGCCUGCUUUACUAGUGGGAGCCAACACCUUUGCCUCCCACAUCCUCUUUGCAGUAGGUUGCCCGCUGCUCCUGCUCUGGCCCUUCCUGUGUGAGAGUCAAGUGUCAAGGAAGAGGCAGCAGCUCUCAGGGAGUGAAGCUGAGGCCAGAGUCAGGCCUGAGGAGGAGGCAGAGGGGCCCCUGAUGGAGAUGCGCCUCCGGGAUGCUCCGCAUCACUUCAAUGCAGCCCUGUUGCAGCUUGGCCUCAAGUACCUCUUUGUCCUUGGAGUUCAGAUUCUAGCCUGUGCCUUGGCAGCUUCCAUCCUCCGAAGGCAUCUCAUGGUCUGGAAGGUGUUUGCCCCAAAGUUCAUUUUUGAAGCCAUCGGUUUCAUUGUGAGCAGUGUGGGACUUCUCCUGGGCAUAGCUUUGGUGAUGCGAGUGGAUGGCGCCGUGAGUUCCUGGUUCAGACGAUUAGUUCUGACUCAGCAGAGGUAGCCCAGGCCUUGCGUGUUGGCACCUAGCCAUGGAGAGGGCUGAAGAAUCAUCUGGCCUGACCUGUAUUGGUGCUGGACAUUCUGCAAGAGAGCCUCAGACACACCUCUUACCAUCAUGUAAGCAGAGACUGCUUACCCCGGGACUUCAUUUUAUAAUUCAGAAUCUCUGUGGAGCCUGAGCCUUUGCUCCUUAUUUGGAUGCAGCUGAUGGACUAUGGGGUGGUCACCCAAGUGGCAUGAAAUAGCAGUGUAAAUGUGUGUAUCUAAGAUGUGGAAGAGCUCACCAAGUCAGCCUCUCCUCCCACCAUUAGUUAGAUAUGUCAUCUUAGGCAGGGUUUGCUGUACCCGAGAACUCUUUGACGAGAAGCUGUCUGGGUUCUUCCCAAAUGUUCUAGUCAUCCCAUUUGUCCUGCCAUCUUCCUUGUUUGUUUGGUUUUGGUCAUUUUGUGCUUUAACUGAUAGCAGAGAAGACAAGCCCAGCAUUGGGAAGCACACAGACGUCUGCGUCUGAAGCCUUAAGCAGCACCGUUUCUUCCUCUGGUACCCUUUCCCUCCCAUGGCCGUAGAAGCCUCUCUCUAGCUUUUCAGCCCAUGUCACCUUUAUCACAUCUACCUGCCUAUUGAUUAUUCCCAACUUAAAGCCAAAAUGAAAUGAAUGUAAUGUGUCUUUUUUAAAAACAAUCUCACUAUGUAUCUGUAGCUUGUAACUCAACAUGUGGAGUAGGCUAGCCUUGAAAUCACAGAGAUCCUCCUGCCUCUGCCUGCCAGAAUAAAGGUGUGUGUCAGGCUAAA